UGAAGAAAUAGAAGCAAAAUAUGCAGGAAAGUUGACCAAAGAAAUAUCUGGUCCUACAUAUGAAGUUCUUGCUCAAGUCAUGAAAGCCAUUGUUAAUAGAAAAAUAACAACACCAGCCAGUUUUAAAGGUCACUCUGGAACAUCCGCAAUUGGUUGUUCAUAUAAAGCUGCUGCUGGAUAUGUUUAUCCACUUGAAAGAGGCUUUAUUUACAUACACAAACCUCCUAUACACAUACGAUUUGAAGAAAUUUCUAGCGUUAAUUUUGCUAGAGGCGGUGGUAGUACUAGGUCAUUUGAUUUUGAAAUUGAGUUAAAAAAUGGAGUUAUACAUACAUUUAGUAGCAUCGAAAAAGAAGAAUAUGGAAGUCUGUACGAUUUCAUUAAUGCCAAAAAACUAAGAGUGAAAAACACUGGCAAAUCAGAUAAACCUGCUUAUACAGGAGACGACUAUGGUGAUUCUGAUAAAGAAGCCGAACCUGAUGCUUAUUUGGCUCGAGUUAAACGUGAAGGACAAGAACGUGAUGAAGAUGAUGAUGAUGAUUCAGAUGAGAGUACAGAUGAAGAUUUCAACCCUGAAGGACAAGAGAGUGAUGUCGCUGAAGAGUUUGAUAGUAAUCCAUCAACAACAGAAUCAGAAUCUGGAAAUGAGGAAGGGGGUGGUGGUGACAAAAAAAAAGAAAAGAAAGAAAAGAAAAAGAAGGAUAAAAAACCUAAAUCGGCUAAAACUAUUUCGGAAAAACCAAGAAAAUCAAAAAAAUCUAAGAAACCUGAUGAUGGCAGACCAAAACGUGCUGCAACAGCGUACAUGAUAUGGUUUAAUGAGGCACGAGAAGAAAUAAAAUCUGAUAACCCGGGAAUUUCAUUUGUUGAUAUAGCGAAAAAAGGAGGUGAAUUAUGGAAAAAAAUGUCAACCAGUGAUAAAUCGAAAUAUGAAGAAAAAGCAGCGAAAUCUAAAGAAGAAUAUAUUGAAGCUAUGAAAGAAUUCAAAGAAUCUGGCGGUGGAGCUGAAUCAUCUAAGGACUCUAAGGAAUCUAAGAAAUCGUCCAAGAAAUCUUCUUCACAAAAGAAAGUUGCAACACCAGUAAAGAGUGGUUCAUUCAUUUCAAAAGAGUUUAUUGAGUCUGACGAUGAUUCAUCAAGUGAUGAUAAAAGCAAGAAUAUAACAAAAUCUAAGAAG